AUGGAGAAAGCUAAGAAAGAUGUUGGGCAAAAAUUUCGUCGCAUCAAGCACAAUCUGGUGAAUUCGACGAAGAAAGACGAAGAUGAUGACUUGAAAAUCGUUAACGCCCUCGAACAUCGUAAUCAAAAAGUCAUCAAUGCCGUCUCUGUAUAUAGAAAACAUGUGUCAAAUACAGUAAAAACUGGACUGCGGGAAGAAAAUGUUGAUAAACGAAGGAAAAAGCUCGACGAGUUUUCACUGUGUACGGAUUUACGUGACAUAUCGACAGAUCUCGAACAGUCGCAUACUACGUGCCUGCAUAAAGUUAUCCAGAAAAUUAGUCAAGCAUUACAAGUUGUUGUCGACGAAAAGGUUAAGCACGACAUGAUGAUUGAGAAACGAGUUCUAGACGAUUUAGUUCAAUUUCAAGACAUGGAAAAGGCUCUUUGUAAGAGUCGGGAGCGGCUGAGCAAUGCUUUCACUGAUGUCGACAUAGCCAAGAAAGCGCUCGAAAAAGCCGACAGCACUAGCAGUAACACUGCUCAGCUGCAAGAUACCCUCGAUGCAGCGCAACUGAAGCUUGAGAACCAAAAGGAUAACACUAUCACAGAUGUAUAUUCACUAGCUGCGAAAGAACAAGAAAUUGCAAAAGUAUUCACUGCUUUGCUGGAAGAACAGCUUGAAUACCAUCGUGUUGCUAUGAGAACCUUGGAAAUGGUUUUACCAGAGAUUCGUCGCGAUAUCGACAAUGCUCGGCCACGCCCGGUUUUUGGUAUUGACCUCAGCGAACAUCUUCGUCAUACUCAGGGACGUGUAGCUCUAGUGUUAGAAAAAUGCUGUUCAAUGCUUAGAGCAAGUGGCUUUACUGAGAAAGGCCUGUUUCGGGUUAAUGGAAACAACACAAAAAUUCGCAGAAUGAAGGCAGCUUUCGACGCUGGACAGAUUGACAUUGACGAACGUGCAUACUGUAUGGAUCCCCACUCUGUCUGCAGUGUACUGAAGAGCUAUCUAAGAGAAUUACCUGAUCCUCUUCUUACUCAUCGGUUGCACAAUGAUUGGGUGAACGCAGCAAAGUUAGAAGAUGAAGCUAAAUUGCAAGCUUUCGAGCGUUGUAUCGGUGAGCUUCCCGCCUGUCAUCGGCAUAAUCUCACCUAUCUCAUCAAUUUUCUUUCGGAAAUGUUGCAGCAUCAGGAUCAGACAGCUAUGAACUGCGGUAAUCUCGCUAUUGUAUUCGGCCCAAACCUGUUGGGAGGUGAUAUAGAUGGCAAUAAUGCUGUGGGUACCAAGAUUGUUGAAACGUUAUUGAAAAAUGCGUCGAGAUUGUUUGGUUGUCCUGUCGUAAGCAACAAUGGAAAUAGCGGAGGUCAACAUACUUCAGGACGCCUUACCGUGGAUACAAACUCUCCUCCAAAGCCGGGACAGUCUAAGGAUAGGCUGGAGUUCGGUAGCAUCUCGUCAUGGGGCACAUCACCCCGUGGUAGACCCAAAGAACGUGCUCCUCCACCUCCAUAUGUCACUCCGAAGACAGGUUCUUUGAUUGACCUCAGUGACGACUGCAACAAUAUGGAACAAUCCGCGCACACUUCGACACCGUCUAGAAUUGAACCUAGCCUUACACAGAGUCAGACCCUGACUUCAGCAGACCUCAGUGAGUCUUUUGGGAUGUCACCGACGGCUACAGCGGAAUCGGACGACUCAUUUGACGAGUAUCAGGAUGAGUCGCUUCCUGGGAGUAUGUCACGAAGUCAAGGAGACAUAACAGCUGCCUCUCUCACUACUCCACAACGACCACCUCCACCCACGUUUCGGAAUGGAUCGGAUAGCUCCAGUAGUCGGCCAUUGUCUUACAACAAAGCGGUUGGAGCUGAGCCAGUUCCAGUGCCACGUUCUCGGGCGUCACGUUCAGUUAUCGUUGAAAACUCAUCUUCAUCCAGUGGUUCAGGCUCCAUAAAAAGACCUUCUAUAUUGAAUCGUGAAGAUAUUGUUGGAGCGGAUGUAUCAAAUAGGCGAACAGCUUAUCAAACACCCUGCAUGCCAUUUGUUGAAGUGUUAUGUUUUAGUUUUAAAACGGUUGUGGCCGUUGAAGCUCCUCCAUUGCCAGCUCGAAACAAACCGCCGCUCCCGGCAAAGCCGCGAAGCGGCGACAAUGAGACGUCACGUCUAUGA